AUGCAACAACUCAAAAUGAGGGGAAAUUUAUUUUCCUUUAUUGUGCUGCUCUUGCUGGCAUCUACCCUUAGUAUGACGAUGAUGGUCGCUGAGGGUAAAAUUGUUCAGGUACAAGUCUUGUCGAGACAUUGUGAUCGAUCUCCAGUGACUAUUUAUCAAGUUCCGACAGAUCCGUGGGACUGGCAAACAGAUUUGGCCAAGUAUUCGUAUACAGCAGGAUUUGAUGCAUCGGGUCCUAUUGAAUUUGGUGAGGGACAACUCACUGGAUUGGGUCUUCAACAAUGUAAUAUUGUUGGACAACAUUUUAAUGCAAGAUAUUUAUCGAGAGUUAUUAAUGAGACUGGAGCACCAAAUCCAAAUGUCAUUGCCGAUUUAAUUUAUCCAGAAAAUAGUGAUGUGAAAACGACAGCUCAUUGGAAUCCAAGAGAUUUUAGAUUUUAUGCUACCGAUUAUGAUAGAACUCUCUUUUCAGUUUUUAGUAUUUCACAAGCAAUGUUCCCUGCUGGAAAUGGACCAGUUGCUGAUAUUUCAAUUACUGGACAAGCGAGAGCUCUUCCAAAUCAAAUGCAACCAAUUCCAAUUAAUACUAAGGAAAAUGUCAAUGAAAUUUGGAUGAGUGCUUAUGGAAAGUGUCCAACUAUUGAUUUGAAUAAUGAAAAUUAUCAACAAAGUUCAGAAUUUUUCAAGAUUCUUGACAAGUACAAGCCAACCUUGGCUUUCAUUUCCAAUGUUACUGAAAUUCCGUUUGAUAAUAGUCUCAAGGAAGGAUCAGGCAAUCAUGUUAUGAACAUGAUCAAUUCAUUCAUCAGUCCAUAUGAAAAUCAAAAGCAAAUUCCUUUCUACAAAUUACUUUCCGAUAGAAAAUUUGCUGAUGAAUACUUUAGAGCAUUGAGGAGUGAAGCUGGAUUCAAGUAUCCUGCUUGGAAGACUAUUGAUUUUGCCAACUUUUAUAUGGUCUAUGAUCUUUUAAAUGUUCAAUACUCCCACAAGCAAUUGAAAUUGCAAGAACUUGUCAAGAUUUGGGAUAUGAUCCAAGAAUUGGGAGACGUCGCAACAUUUAUGGUAUUCAAUAGAAAAGUUCAAGGUAAACUUGGAGGUGGACCACUUGUUCAAAACAUGAUUGUCGAAAUGAACAAGAUGAUUGAUAAAUUGACUGGAUUAUCAACCCCAAAGCCACCAAAUAAUUAUGGAGCUGAUCUGGGAGCCAGUAAGACAAUACCAUACAAGUAUAUUCAUUACAGUGCUCACGAUGUGAGUAUUCUCUCACUCAUGGCUGCCUUAAAGUUGUCAGAUGAUUAUGUUGAGCUUCAAAAAAAUCCUCCAUAUGGAUCUCAAAUUUUAGUUGAAUUGCACCUAAGUGAUUCAGUUCCCCAAGGACAAAAACCAACCAUUAACGAUUUUUACAUCAAGAUUGUUUACAAUAGAGGAUAUAGUGAUAACAGAUUCGCUGAAUAUACUUUGAAAUCUUUGGGUGGAAAGGGAUGUCAACCAGGAAAGGACACCGACUUUAAUUGCACAUUCACUAGCUUUAAAUCGAUUUGUGAAAGAGAUGCCAUUCCUGUAAAUUGGUGCAGGGAAUGCAAGAAUUAUGAAGCUGAUAUUUGCAUUAGGGACAAUUACAAUGAGCAAAGAAGUUUGACAACAAUCUUUUGGAUCUUGUUGGCAAUUCUUUUGGGUGUCUUGUUAUUAACAUGUUCUCUCUUCUGCGUGAUGGCAGUAAGCAGAUCAAGAUUAUCCAGAUUGAUUAGAGGUGUUGCCACUACUGAGACAAAGGAAUCAGAACCAUUAUAUCAAACUGUAAAUUAA